GGUUUUGAUCAGUCUGCGUUCGGCCGUCGUUCAUACGCAGCUCUCCCGUCCACGUCGUCGAUCCCGCUCGAUUGCUCCCCCGAUCCGGGUCCGAGCCGCGGAAAAACUCCGUCAGCCGUCCACGUCCGUUUGACGCCGCCGAAUCGAAAACCGUUCGCGAAUUUUUUUCGAAAAAAUUUUUUUUUUCUUCUUCUCAUCGUAUAUUAUUAUACAUGUAGUUUUCGAAAAAAAAAUUUCGUCUACCUUCGUUCCGCCCACGCGGCCCAAAGCGAUCGCGAUCUCGCAAAGUCCGACGGGUCACUAUGAUCGGUCCGUCGCCGUCGCCGACGCUGUCGUUCGACCGGCCGGCGAAACGGUGCGCACCGAUCGUCCGGACCAAACGGUAAAUCGGCCACGACAAUAAUAUUGUAAUUAUUGUAACGCUGCCGCGGACAUUACCGUCGCGAUCCACACCUGACAAUCGUAUUAUAUAAUAUUUCGUAUGAUAUAGAUAAUUUUUUUUUUUUUGGUUUUUAAUUUGUUCGCGCUCGCUCCGUGUAUUUAUCUCGCAAACGUUCGUAGCAGAAUUUUUCCCGCGUCCGGUCUCCACUAUAGACCGUCAGCGAUAUUAAUUAUAUUUUAAUCACGCAUAUCCGCGGUACCUGUACCCGUCAAGAACGAUAAUAGUAUCGACUUUUACUGUGCACCGACGACGAUCUUACCGCACACCAGAGGCGAACCGCAGUGAUAGUCGACCGCGAAAAUCUCGCGAGAAAAGGACAGCAGGAGCCCACCGUCAGGACGGAGGGAAAACCGGCCAAAGGUCGACGGCAGGUCUUUCCGUGCAGACAUGGUGUGUGGCCGACGACGACGACGCCGCCGCUACGCACCUGAAUCCUCACCUGCUGCAUGAGUCGCGUUCAACCACUUACGUUAACAAAAAUAAUCCAGAGUGCUUUCGUUCUAUUAAUGGUGGUGUUGUGCGACAUUUGGAGGUGCGGCCCUGGCUAUGGAUUUGGGGUCCGACUGUACAACGAUUGCAGUAGUCGAAAUGUCAGGGUUGACUACCGGGGACGAGUUCUCGCCGACGACGAGACUUCGAAUCCAUUUCAAAACUUGACCGUCAAAUCCAUGGACUUCAGUAUUCGACUGUCGAUAUUCGCUGAGGAGUCGCAUCGGUAUUUGUGUUUCAACAACAAAUGGUCCCUUGUUGGUUCGAAACAUUUCCGAGGCCCCAAGUGUCUGUUCUACGAGGAGAUGCUGUCCACUGGGUAUACACGGUACAAGUCGGUGGUCGACAAGUCGCGGUACAUAGGUUUCAACCGGCGGGGCCGUCCAAUGAGGCGGCACGUGUUCCACACGGACCCGCUGAACCGGUGCCUCAACUUCCUCAAGCUGGACACCAAGUUUGACAUCGGCGACCACAAUCGCAAGGUGGCCGCUUCGUCGGGCAAGACCAUUGUCGUCGGCGGCAGCGGAGGAAAGCGCAACGGUGCGUCCAAGAGACCAAAAGCGGCGGCCGGUGGCGGUUACAACAGAAAAUCGCCUACGACCACAACGACCACCACCACGACGACGACGACCACCACGACCACCACCACCACCACAACGACCACUACACCACCACCACCACCACCACCUCCACCAUCACCGUCAACACAUCCUUCUUCUAAACCACCAGUCAAACACAGUCGAAUUCGGUUCAGGCACAACCGGCGCAACAGACACCGUCCUGAAGCCCUUCAAUCGUUAGAUCAAGACUAGAAUAGUAUUAUAUUAUUACUAUUAUUAUUAUUAUUAUUAUUAUGAUUAUUUCUAUUAUUAUUAAUAUUAUAUAUUAUCAUCAUCAUCAUCGUUAUACUAUUCUCGAAACCAGACUAGUAAGAAACUAAACAGUUAUUAUUAAUAUCAUAUUAUGACUCCGUUAGGAAAUAGUAUACAACAUUGUUUUAAAUUUAAAACGGAACGAAAUCCCAGAUAAACACAUAGUUCGUAGUUUUUUUUUUAUCUAUGAACACUCGACGAUAUCACCUGCGAUUUAUAGGUGGUUAAUACAAUAUUAUAGGUUAUCGAUCGGUUUGAGGGAUUUUCACGUUCACUUGAAACCGUCAGGGAGUAUUUAUUUUUUUUUAAAUAUUUUUUACCAUUAUUUAUUUUUUGAGUUUAAUUGCAAUGUUUAAACGUUUCUUUAUUGUUUGAUUUUUAAACGUAUCGCGUCUAACUGCGUUGUUGCAGUCUACAGCUCCACGUGCUUGUUAUAAUAAUCGCAUUCAUAACCCGGACAGAGGUAAAAAAUCGGUACACACUCGUGGCGACUGCGGAUUUUCCCGUUGCGUUUUCCGAAGACUGUGUAUUAUUAUACAGCCCUAUAUAGCUACCAUUACCGUACCGUAUGUACUCGGGCCACUCUAAGAGCGCUUAUGGACGGCCACCAAAAUUCGUCCGUUCUCGCGCAUUAUCUACGCUACUAGGUGGUAGAGUGGGAGAAAUUUGGGUACGAAAAGCUCGGUAAUUUGGAUGCGCAAAUGAGAAGCGCUCUUAGAGUGGCCCGAGUAUGGUAUCUACACCACACGAUUUAGCCAAACGGUCCAGCGUUUGUGUGGGACCGAUGUACAAUAGUUUUAUAUUCGUACGAAUAUUCGGAUGAUCACACAUGCUAUUUACUAUACCAUCGCUCCUCGAGCACGUCUGACACUCCGUUGGGCAUGACACCGAUUUGCAUUAUUUUUUUUAUAAUUAUUAUUAUUAUUAUUACUGUAGGAAUUAAUAUUUAUUACCACCCGAAGUGUGUGUUGUAUUGUAAGCUGUUAUUUUUAAACCCUCCCUUCUCGCGACGAUUGGCUCCUGGUACUUGAUAAGAUGGUGGCGAAUAUUCCUCGCGUGUUUUUAUAAUUUUGUAACUAUAAGCGGACGCCGUCAUGUACCAUUUUGUAGCCAUUGGGGCAGAAUACAUAAUUAAAUUUAAAGAGUCCAACGCUAUUAUUUGAACUGUCACGAAGAACAUGUUUAGUAAUAUUGUUGAGUAUAAUAAAUCUAGUCAAUAUUUUCUUUUCAUAAUAAGCACUUCUAAUCCACAAAAUCAAAAUUUAAAAUUUAAACAUUAAUUAUACAAUGACGCAAUAUUGUGUAGAAUUUCAAGCAUUAAAAAUAAAACACGUAGUGACUAUCGUGAUACUAAAAUAUUGAACUAGUGCUAGGAAAUAUAUUAUAUUGUUUUGCAUACUUAGAUUCUAUAGGUGCCUUUAUUAAAAUGAGCAAAACGUACUCAAUGCCGAAAAGUAUUAAUAUUUCUAAUUUCUAAAAAAAAAAAAAUCAUUUACUAUUAAAAAGGCUAUGGGGAGAAAAUAAAAUAUUUAUAGCUCUUAAUUCAAUUUUGUUAUUACUUAAAAUAAAAAUGGUUAAUUUUCCAUAAUUUUUUAUGAGAGUCCAUGUGGGAUUAUAAGUACACGCAUAGUGAUAUUAAAUUUAAAAAAAAACAGAGUUUAUAAUGUUUACACAACAUUAUUUUUCGGCGUGGAAAUUACCUAUAUAUUUUAUAGAUAACGUUUAAACUUCACCAAAUGCAUGUACCUAUAUAUAGUGUAGUUAACGCUCUGCGUAUAGUUUAGGUUAUAAGUUUUUUUGUUCCGUAAUGUCUCGUUUUGACCAAACCACUGGUUUCCGAACAUAAGUAUAAUAAAUAAUGUGUCGAUGUGUAAUAGCAACAAUAAUAAUGAUGAUAAUUGUUCUGGAAAAAUGAGAAUAAUAUAAGAUGAUGAUACUAAAUACAUAAUAUCAGUGUUAUACAGUGCAAAUCGUUUAUAAUGAUGUCAGAGGGACCAUUAGUAAAUAUAAGUCAUAACAAACCGUCAUACAACCGGAUGGUAUAGUAUGCAUAGGAGUUUUGCUCAGAGUCUCGUACACUCCAUUACAUUAGUUCACACGGGACCCGACAAUAUUAUGACAGUAUUAUACAACCACGGUGUCUUUAUAAACGAUUUCUACUGUACGAUAUAUACCCAUACAGUAUACAUUUCAUCAGCAUAAUAUACAAAUAAUAAUUAAAACAAACCUGAAUUAGGAGAACCGACCGCGUUCGGAUGAUAUAUUGUUUAACGUAAGUAUAAAAAAAAAAAUAUCGAAUAACUAUCGAUAAAUCUCUAUGAGAUGAACGUUUUGAUUUUUAUUGUUUUUUUUUUGUCUCUCUCUCUCUUGUAAAUAUUGUCUAUAAAUAAUCACUAUGUACAUACACGGAACUGUACCAUUUUAGUUGCCUCCCCUCCCCGCCCCCAAAUUUCCUUACAACCCCUUUUAUUUAUUUAUUUAUUUUAUAAUUUUUUUUUCUUUUACAUAUACAUUUAAUAUUAUAUGUGACACCACCCCUAAUACACAAAAGAAUUGUAUGCUUUUAUGUUCUGACUUCGUCGUCAGUGAACACCGUAUUACAGGUGCCUACUACCUACCACAAUAUUAUUUUUAAAAAGUGUGUGACGGUAAUAUGUCUUUUUCCAAAAUAUUUAGCAGUAUUAAAAAUAACAUUGUAUAUAAUUUAACUGUAUUUAGAUGAGCGUGUUGGCUGUGUGCGUCAUAAUCGUGUACAAAGCCACACGUGCAUAUUUUGUAAUGUUCUAAAACGCUUGUCGCGUUAACAGGUGCCAUAUUAUAAUAUAAUAUAAUAUAUACUAUAUAUUAUAUAUAUAUUUAUAAAAACCCACGUAAUUAUGUAUUUUUAUUUUCAUAACCUCCUCCCCUCUCCCGACACCCUCAAAUUUAUUUUUAUUUGAUUUGUAAAUGUAUAAUAUAUGCAUAUAUAUUAUAUGUAUACAUACACACUAAUUCUUAACAUCAUUAUUGUUACGAUUAUUAUUAUUAUGUUUUUUUUUUUUUUUAAUUCACGUGUACAAUGUGUUGUACAAAUGUACAAUACAAGCGAUUUAUAUUAAUUUUUUUUUUUUUUUCCAAUUGGAACUCUAUUAUUUACCUAUCCCCCACCAG